CCAUAGUAACAAAUAUGGGGCAACAGUUAUAAGCGUGUUUGUUUUUUACCGACUGCUCAUUUAUUUUAUCCGUGUUUUGGAAUUGUUGACUUGUUUUGUAUGUUUAAAAUUAAAAGGUUAAAUGCAUUUUUGGUUAAUUGAAGAUGACUGUUAGAUUUGCUGAUACUCAAGACUUUUAUAAUAUUGGCCACAGACCUCUAUCCCCACAAUUAUCUAUUCCUGUUAUCGAGGACAAAGUUAGGAACUCCAUAGCGGCUCGUCGUGCAAGAACAGAUGAUUAUCUGAAAGAUUUUGAUCGGCUAAGAACAGGAUUUGUCACUAAGGGCCAAUUUGAUAGAUGCUUGGAUCAACAUUAUGGAAUAGUAUUGAAACCAAAAGAAGAUGCUCAACUCAUGAAAAAGUAUGGCUCUGAUCCACGCCACCCUGGCAUGGUGAAUUAUAGAGCAUUUUGCAAGACUAUAGAUUCAGCUUUUAACCCGGACAUGUCAAAUCAAUCAAUGCCACAUAAACCACCUUCUCCACCUGUAACUCAGCAAGCAUUAAAUUUUCCGGCAUUGGAAAAGUGUAGACAAUUACUAGAACACAUAGCACCAUACUGUAAAUACCAUGGUAUUAACAUAAAAAGUUGCUAUGAGGAUUUUGAUCAACACAAUAUUGGACUUGUUACAGAGAGUCAGUUCUUUCGACGGUUUCCUGGCCCACCUAAUGUAACAUCAGAGGAGCAAGCAUUGCUUGCUAAGAAAUACAUUCACCCUUCCAAACAAGGUUUGUGUAACUACUUAGAUUUCCAUCAAGAUGUUGAACAGAUACUGAAAGCUCAAGACAACAAUGACUUCUUGAUUGAUAGAAACAUGGAGGAGAAUAAACCAUGUGGCAGAAAGAGUCGACAAGGUACCACCCUUCAAGAUGUGUUUGAAAAAAUUCGCAUAGCUGUGCAUAAAAACGGGAUUAGAACGACAGAGUUUUUCAAAGAUCAUGAUAAAUUACGUAGCGGUGUUAUUACAAGAAACCAGUUUGUUUGCGGUUUAUCAUUAUGUUGUGGCACUCAAGCCAAUUUGUCGAGAGACGAGAUAGAUAUGCUUGUUGAGUUUUAUCAAACUGAAGAUGGGCGUGUGCGUUAUAAAGAAUUCUGCCAUUUGAUGGAGAACGCUUUUAAUGUUCCUGAUCUUGAGAAGAAGCCAACAGUGGAUGUGUUCCGACCUCCAAUAGGAGCAUUAGCUAAAACACCAAACAACCUGUCAGCUGCUGACGAAGAGCGAGUUGCUCAAAUUUUAAACGAACUUCACGAAACCGUCCGAAAGAAGCGCUUGAUGUUGUAUCCAUACUUCAAGGAUUUUGAUAGGGGCUUUGGUUACACUAGAGGAAUCACUAACACUCAAUUUAGUCGCUUGUUACACAUGGUUGGAUUAAACUUAACCAAGUUAGAUUUAGAGUUAAUCUGUCGAAAAUUUGAGUACCAAAUAAGUGGCGACAUAAACUAUCCUGCGUUUAUACAAGCCAUAGAUCCAGAAUACAUUGGACGCGCUCCUGUCAAAGGAGACUGGAACACAACUCAGUAUAUAUGUCACGACGAGCAAGUUGACGACACUCCAGAUAUAAGUAGUGUGGAUGUUGAUGGAUUGAUCAAAAGAAUACGAAAUGACGUCCUCGUCAACAGAAUCAGGGUUGAAGAAUUUUUUCAAGAUUUCGAUCCACUUCGACACGGUUCAAUCAGUGUAUCACGUUUCAGAAUGGGUUUGAGUGCGAUGGGACAAGACCAUUUAUCAGAAGCCCAAAUUCUUGCUAUUAUUACCCGAUAUGCUGAUCCGAAAACACAAUUUCAUGUUUUGUGGACUAAAUUUUUGACUGACAUUGAAGAAGUUUUCACUCGACGAGGUUUAGAAAAAUCACCACUUGCUGUUCUACCUCCCGCAGAGGUGUUUCGCAUGCCAAAACCUGGAACGUGUGAUUGGUCGAAAGCUUCUUUAGAGAACCAGCAAAAGGUUGAGAAAGCUAUGCAUAAGAUGAGACAAAAAACAAAUCAAAGGAGAAUACUGACGAAGCCAUGUUUUCAAGAUUUUGACAGGCACAACAUUGGUUACGUCACAAAAUCGCAGCUACGACAGUGUAUGGCGUAUUUAUGUUUUGAUUGCCAACUUGACGAAAUCGAUUUAGUGUAUGAAAAAUUCAGUGACGAUACUGGCUUUAACUAUUUAAAAUUUCUCGAGGAGCUUCAACCUUCAGAGAAACAGGAGCACAAGUAUUUGAAGCGAUUAGAGGAACUAAAACUUGUCCACAAAAAUAAGGCCGCAACUGCUAACAGAGAAGGAUUGAAGGAUAUCGAGUCAAUUAUGAAUAAAAUCAAAACAAAAGUUGUUAGAGCAGGCAUACGAGUUUACGAAUUCAUGAAGGAUUACGAUAAAUUGAGAACAGGGAGAAUGUUAAAGACGAGUUUUCCGAGGGCCCUUGAUAUGUGUGCACUCGGUUUGACUGUCGAAGAAAUGAAAAUUGUUGAAGACUGGUAUGCAUCUGCUGACCACCCUGGGUAUAUAGAUUUUUACAGGUUUUGUGAAGAUGUGGAAAGUUCUUUCACACAAAAAGGGCUGGAAAAGAACCCCACUGUAGUCCCAACGCAAUUUAAACCAAACUCGAAGGGAAAUUGCAUCGAACUGUUACCUGAAGCUGAAGAUCUGUUGGAAACCGUGAUGCACAGACUGGCUGAUCGAGUCCGAAUCCGUAGAAUACAGUUAUUUCCACUCUUUGAGGACUACGACCGUCUCCACAACGGUACCGUUUCACGCUCGCAACUUCAUCGCGUGUUAAGCGAACUCGAGUUGGGUUGCAUGGUGAGUGCACGCGAGUUUCACGUUCUCUACGAGAAAUUCGAUUCGGUUAUUGGUGGUAAACAUGACUUUGAUUACAUUCAGUUCUGCGACAUACUAAAUAAUUACGCUCACUUUGAUCCACACGUACCUUAAAUUUAUGACCUUUAGUUGUUUUAUUGUAUAUCUUUUAAUUGUGUAUAUUAUUUUCUAUAUAUUAUAUUUGAUUAUUGUGUAUAUAAUUUAUUAUUAAUUUCUACCAACUUAUAUAAUUUAAUCAAGAGACGAAAGAGUCCUGGGACUGGGUAGGAACAUGAUUUUAUCAGGGCGAUAUU